GACGACCGAUUCGGCGUGGACUGGAGUCGAGGGGUGGAACUGCAAGCCCCUGCCCACGCCCCCUCCCCUCAACCACCCCCGCGAGGGCUGGCCGCUACGCAGCGCCCCGGGCAUACCGCUAUCGAUCCGCCGACUCGCACCAUCCCACUCCGGGUCGUGCGGACCAUGCGCCCUGAGCGCCCCUCUCCACCCCGCCACGCCACGCCGCGAGGACACAGACACGGGACAAGCGCCUCUCGUCCAGGUCCGACUGAGGCUGCGUAGCGAUGGGCGUGCGCGUCGCCGCGCGAGGGACGACUUUUGGGACCUGAGCUCGCCGUCGAGGGGAUGACGUCGACCGCGCCCGCCGGUGGCGAUGGCGGCGUCGGCUCGCUGCCGGUGCCAGGCGCGGGCGCGGGCGUGGAGCCCCCCGAGGUGUCCGGGGCGGCGGCCGCGGGGCCGCCCAUCGGGCCGCCACAAACACCGGUGCUGUCCGUGUCGUGCCGAAUGCUGCGGUCGCCGUCACACGAGUCUGUGACCACGGACCUGUCCCUGCUGUCGGUGUCCUCCAUGUCGCUGGCCAACGACAUGAGGGGCCUCAGACUAGUGGGCUUCAACAAGCGGGGAGUGUCGCCCAAUCCGGACAGCAUCAGCCAGGUCUCCAUCACCCGCCCACCCGACAUCCCCGAGCUGCUGUGGUUCGAGGAGGAAAACGAGCUUAUACGGAGCUGCGCCGCCCUGUCGUCCGCGCUCGGGCUGCAACGCUCGUUCAGCACCAGCGACAUCGCCCAGCUUCCCGAGAACCAGGGCGCCAACGGCGGCGAGGGCGGGCUGCACGUGGGGUCAGUCCUCACGCUGGGGACGUACGGCGCGCUCACCAUCAACCAGGCCGGGCCCGAGGGGGACUCCCCGCCGACCAGUAUGCGGCCCAGCGUGUCGGAGCCGGCGCUCAACUCACUGCAGCGCCUGGGCUUCAUCAUGGAGCAGCACCAGCUCAACCGCACCUCCAGGUCCUGCUCCACGUGGGUAGCCGUCGGCGACGUGGUCUCCACCUCGCAGCUGCCCUCCCCGCACGGCGGCCACAGCCUAGUCGGCCCGUCCGGCGCCCUCGGGCAGGGGCCGCCGCCCGCCCCGGCGCCCACCCCCGCCACGCCGUCCUUCACCCCCGCAGACCUCAUUCGCUCUGUCAACAAAAAGGUUCGGCAGAACUACAUCAGGCGGCGACUGCUCAUGACGUACAAAGCGCUGGAGCGGCUGUCGCAGAGCGAGUUUAACCUGGACCGCCUGGAGGCGGCGGCCUCGGCCAGCUCGGCGGCGGCCUCCUCGCCCAUCCCCAGCAUGGGACCGGGCAGCAGCGCGCCUGGCUCGAGCAGGGGCGGCAGCGUGUCCGGCAGCCUGGCUCAGCCCGCGCCGCCCAGCGCGCCCAGCGGGCCCGCGCCCUCGCUGCUCACUGUCCCGGGCGGGCCACCGCCCGCGCGCCUCAGCGGCACGCUCUCGCCCACCUCCACAGUGAUGCGCGUCGUGAAGCACCGCGACCCCGGACACGCAGCCCACGGCGUGCACCCCGGGGCGCGCGCCUUCCCGCUGACGGUGCGCGACGUGGAGCGGUCGCAGGGGCGGCCCCUCUCCCGCUACGACCGCAACAUGAUGAUCUUCAACUGGCUCCACACGCUCGACGAUACCGACUUUGAAAAACUCGAGGUGUCCUCGUGAUCCCUGCCAUCUACUGUGUAUGUUAAUGUUGAUCUUUACAUUGGAUGGCACAAUUUGAAUACUGUCAUGAAAGAACUAUCACAUGGGCCUCCUUUCAAACAGAGAUUUUGCCCUCACCCACUCACCCAGUCAGGAAAGAUCAAUCAAAAGGCUGUCAAUUUGACGAAAAUUUGUCAAUUUGAUAAAAGUGUGUCCCCUAAUUUGAUUAUAUUUUGACGAAUUUUCGUCAAAUUGACGUCUAUUGGAUUAAUCUUUGCAGACUGGGUCAGUCGAUUAAGAAAAUAUUGCAUUUUUGUGAAUGUGGUAGUCUCUGAUAUCGAGUGUGUUCUCAUACUUACCCCAACACAAUACUACAGUAGUUUGUGUUAUUGAUAAUUUUGAAUCUGCGGAGCUCUAAAGCUGUGCAUUUAUUUGACAGUGCUGUUUUUGCCUUAUUUUUUCUGAUUCAGGGUUCCCACAAGUCUGGAAAACCCGGAAAGUCAGGGAAAUUAAAUACGGUCAGGGAAAGUCAAGGAAAUUGCUCAGACGGCCAUGGAAAUUCAAAUAUGGGCCGGAUUUGGGUCGCGCACAAAUUUUUUGUGUUUUUCUUUUUUGCUGUAUUAGAUCUUACGACGGAUUCCCUAUAAUAUAAUUGCAGAAAGUCAAGGAAAUUCUUUAAAUUUGGUAUGUCAUGGAAAAGUAAUGGAAAAUGCUACGAGCCAAAAUGUGGGAACCCUGUGAUUUGUAUGGGGAGGUAAAAGACAUUGAGUAUUUAUUAUUGAAGUUGGCUCUCUAGUUCAUGAACUUAACUUUUGUAGUAAGGGGAUCGCACAGAAAGUACGGCCGCUUUUGUGAGAUUCAUUCGCCAAAUACUAAAGCUUGGCGCCUGUGAGACUCGGGGUAGGCCACCCCGCAGUGCACGUAUGCACUGCAUUCAAGAUGUUGCCUGCCUCUCAGGCGCUCUCAGCUGAAUCUGGCAGGUUCGCAACGGCCAAUGAUCAACGUAUUUUCUGGAUGAUCCCUAACUCGUGAGAACUUUUGUGAGUUUUUGUUACAAUGUUCUAUGCCAAUUUGAAUGUGUUGCAUGAAAUGGAGUCACCUGUUCAAGAUUUUCAAGUAAAAGGUAGUCAGCUGUGUAUUCAAAUUGUAAGCCAUGACCAAAUUGUUGCUGAUUAAGUAUGAAAUUGACGUCCAUUAGAUGAGUGUAAAAGUGUGUGCCAACUUAUUGUCAAACCAUUUCAAAGCAUUUUAAGUUGCAGCUAUUUAUUUUAGUCCCAUGUUAAGCAGUGUCAGCAAUUGAGAACAAAUGUUAUGCAUGAGUGGCAAGAAAAUUCUAUUCUAUUUUACCAAACUGCCAAAACACUUUGAGAUUCACAGUAUAUCUCUGCAUUCUCUGCUUAGCAGGCUAUUAGAAAAGCUAUUGGCUUUAAAUUUGUGUGUAUUGAACUUGAGUAAACCCUCCCUCAUUCUGAAAUACUACUGCAAAUUUGAAAAUGUUUUCUUUUAUUUCUUUUGGACUUAUAACUGACCCAUAAGACUUUUUUUUAUAAAGAAGCUCAGAUUGAUGUUCCCCUCUCGUAGUAAAUUGUUUUGGUGUGAAGUCUCUCUCAACUAAGUAUAGGAUCACGAAAAGAUUUCUCUCCUCAAGGAGAUUUGACUGUCUAUUUUCUCCUUGUUAAACAGGUGUAAAAGUUUUUCUUGCCUGAUAUGUAUUUUGUUUUUUCUUUUCUCUCAAAUCAUUUUAGAUCUAAGAAUUUGUUAUUGAUUCAAGUCUCAUUUUCAAUUAUGUUAUACAAUGUUGAUUUUUUGAGUCUGUGAUUUAUGAAUUUGCUGCCUUUGGCGCUAAACUGUAAGUCUGCGUAAUUUCUGUCUUGAUGCUGUCAAGAAAGUUGUUUUCUCUUACAUCCAAGUCAAAUGUGCUUGUUAGCUUUACUUCUCAUACAUUGUUAAAAGCAGGCGCUGAAGUUAAUGAAUUGGUUCUAAUUUAAAUUUGACCAUUUUCAUAAAAUGCAAUUGUGAGAAAUUAUUUUGCAUUGAAAGAUGUAAAUAAUGAUGUAAAAUGAAGUUGAAUUUUGACUGGAAGGUAUUAUGUAAAGGCUAACUGUAAGUUUAUAAGUUGUUUUACUGUUUUUGUUUGAUCUGCUACUAGUAGUGUUCAGUUUUAAAUGCAUAUCAAAGAUGAUGUGAUUUGUUGAAAGCAGGACCUUUCCUAGAUCACAAAGGCUUAUGAGAAGAUAUUGUCAGUGUUAUCUAGUUAAAGCCCAUACUGUUUGUUUUUUUGAUAUUGUGUGCGCCAUAUUUUAGUUUAUUUGUCUAUAUUUCUAAUUUUAUUAUUUGCAUUGAAUAAAUCGAUAAAUUAGAAAUAAGUAUUAUGACGGUUCUAAGAAGGCUGAAGAAGAUUUGUCUGUUGAUUUAUUGUGCCAUUUAUUCCAUUAUUGUUCUGAUUUAAGCGUUUCAAUAAAGCAGUGUGCAACUUCUGA